ACUGGCCACACAAACAGAUCUUAGUGAAACAUUUUCUCCACAAGGGCAAGGUGAAAACACUCCGAGAAUUGCAGGAAAGCCUGGGUAUUCGCGAAUUCCCUUUCUGGGUAUAUUUCCAGAUCAGACAUUAUCUGCUCUCUCAUAAGCCCCCUCAUAACUGGCACCUCUCUCUCCUCUCAUUUGAAUCGGCGCAUGCGCGAAGGCUGAACCGCGAAAACAUCUGAUCUCGGAGAUCUACCCACUUCUAGUGGAGAGCCGUCCUUAUGACUCCCUCCCGCGCAUAUCGGGCUUGGAAGAGAGAUCUUAAAGCUGAGAGCUAUCGGACUCAGACUGGGACCUGGUAUUCCAAUACUCUCAUAAUAAAUGUUCCCUCAAUGUCUCGACACAAGAAAACAGCUACAAAUUAGCCUCUAGAUGGUACCGAACUCCCUCUCGAGAAUUCAUCAUAACCCCGCCUUUCCCAACAGCUGCUGGAGAUGCGGGACCCCAGAUGGGUCCUUUCUUCACAUAUGGUGGUUUUGCCCGAUUCUUCAACCAUCUUUUUUGGCAGGAGGUCCAUAGGUUAGUAGUGUCUAUAACUACCUUACCCUUAGCUCUCUCUCCUGCUCAAUUCCUCCUCCACCACUCUUCCCUUCCCAGGGCUCAGUACUUUAAAUCAUUGGCCAUGCACAUGAUCAACGCAGCCAGACUCUGUAUUCCGGUUCUGUGGGGCUCCACACGCAACGCUCUCCCUCUAUACAUGAAUGGAUCACCCGAGUGGGUAAAAACGGCGGACAUGGAAAACUGGUUGCGACUGCUUCUCGACACUCCUACGAAAUUCUCCCACGUAUGGGCCUGCUGGACCCAUUUUCUGACUACCCCGGAGUAUCGAUCCCUCAUAGACCAAUCUGUCUGAACCUGA